AUUGCAGGGAAAAUGAGAGAGGUGAGGAUUCCAAGCGGCGAGGAGGCCGUGACCGGCUGCCGGAGAUCGAGUGCAGCAGCGGAGGAAUGCCCACGUCUGGUGCAGGAGGAGCGGGAACACAUUGAUAAGGUGGCGCGUUUCGUGGCGAGGGACGGCGACAUGACGGAGGCCAUCCUGCAGCGCCUCCUCAGAAUCACCAAGAACCACCGCCGGUGGGGGUUCAUAUCGCCGGACCACCCGCACCAUGGCUACUAUCUCCAUCGGAAGAUCUCCGAGCAAUGCCGUGCGAUCCGACCGCCACGGUAGCGGCCAUCACGGCCAAAUUUCUUAUUCAUGCCUUAAUUAACAAAUUUCUUA